GUGUCUGCCGGAGAUCGCCGAACAGAAAGGGCAAAAGAUCGGCUUGACAGAAUGGAACCAGGACGGCACGACCCGCCUGGCAAUCUUCAAGCGGUGGUACCGCGCGCCCGACAUCGCAGAUGCAUCCCAGAGGGAGCGAGAGCUGCAGUGGAUUUCAACGGAGGCCAACAAGGUCGGGUUGUCCUUCGACCUGCUCGAGAAAAUUCAGAAGCAGCAGGACACUGUGUGCGUCGGUGGCGCUUUUUCUUGGUUAGUUGGUGCUUGUUCAACUCAGCUCCUGCCUGCAAAGGGAUUGCCAUCGCCACGAAGAAAACGAUUCCGAUCGAGCCAGCAACUGAAACGCUUGAAAGAGCAUGGCUCGUCGACGAGUAGGUUGUCGGGAAUUUUCCCCGGCAUCGUUGCCGAAGCCAUGUCGAGCUGUGAAACAGAGGAAUCGGAUCGAGAGAACGCCGACGGCUGGAGGGACGGCAACAUUGUGGAGGAGUUGCGCCCCGAGGAGAUGAUCUACUUGUUGCCGAAGGGUCGACCUGCCCGUGGCCUCCCAACGAAAGUCAGCUUCGAGGGGCGCAUCCUUCCUGGGGCGACGACUUGCUGGAUGUCUUUCCCUGCGAAGUAUGCAGCCUGCUGGGACAUGCUGACGUGCGAGUCGCCACAAGAUUCCGUGGCCUGCAUCUUCCAAGCCGACGAGGACAGUGGUGAUCACAAGCCGGAGCCAGAUCCCGGUGGUGGAGAGCAGAGCAAGUGGCUCGAGAAGGUUCAGGAGGCUCUCGAGUACGGUCAACGCUUGAAGGUGGCCCUCCCACCCGGGCAGCUGGGCGCGACCCAGGAGAUGGAGAUGGCAAAGGCCAAGGACAUGGGCUGGAGUUACGAAGAGGUGGAUGUCUUCGACGUGCUGGAAGAGCAGUUUGAGAAAGCCAAACUGGUCGACGCUUGGUGCGAGGCCACGAAGUCCUGGAGGAGAGGCACGGUCGAGAAGCAGGAUCUCGUGGACACGGAGCAGGAGGACGGUUCCGAUGACACCGUGGUGCGAUGGACUUUGCGAUGUCAGCUCACCAGGCAGACCUUCGACGCCUUUUGCGUUUGCAGCACUGCUGCAACCAUGAAGGCCAUGCUGGAUCAUGUCGGUGAUGUGCAGCUGCGCGGGAUCCUCAUGGAGUGCCUUCCGCACGUCGAUGUGCUCGACAUCGGCACCCAUCGGCUUCGCCCAGACCUCGUGGCCCUGAGAGCCAAGGUGCAAAUCAAGUCCAUCGGAACCCUGCACAAACUCAGAAAUCGAAUCCUCAAUGACGACCUCGAGCGAGACAUCAACGCGCACCUGGCAGAUCCCCGCUGGGAGGUGGAAGUCAGCAAAUCCCACUUUAUGGAAAUGUACGACGCCGGCCUCCGGGCCCUUGACAAGCUGACGUGUCACCAGAGAGAGCGUCUUAGUGCCAUCAAAGGCUCGGACAUGGUGCACUUGUUUGCUCCUGCCGGUGCCGGCAAGACCUUCGUGGCCGUCGAGCGGGUGAUCGAUGCUCUGAAUCCAGGGGCUGAUGAGCCAGCUCGUCGCGUCCUGUAUGUAGCCGCUACCGUCGAGCUGAUCCGCUACUUCGUCCAGUGGCUGGCCGUACGCAUCCGGUCUCAAAGGAAGGAUUUGGAGCUUCUUUCUGCAUUGGUUGUCCUUUUCAAGCCAUAUAAGAAGCUCCUCCGGCUUCGUAUGCCCGUGCUGCAAGACGGGCACAUCGAGUUCAUGAACCACGACGAGAAUGACAAGUUCGAUCUCCUUGUCAUUGACGAGAGCCACAACAUGUACCGAGACGGGGUCGACCGCGGCAUUCUUGACGAUCUGCAUUGCAGCAGACGGCUGCUACUGUCCGACAACGCCCAGUCUUCGGCCGUGACAGCCGCGUUUCCAGCGAUGGAGAAGGUGCAGCUGGUAGAAGUUGUCCGGAGCACGAAGCAAAUCGUCCUGGGCGCUGCCUCGUUCCAAGUCAAUGCCGAAGCUGCUGUGCCCGCGGGCACCGACGGCCCGCCUGUGAAGUCCUACAUCUUUCAGGCUUCGAAGGUCGAAGAUGAGCGGAUGCAGCACUACGCCCGGCGUGUGAUGGAUGCCAUCCUUCAUGUCGACAACCUGUGUUCGGGGGUGAGCCUGCACAAGAGGCUUGCGCUCUUGGUUCCAGAUGGCCAGUUCCUGACGAAGCUGAAGAAGGCCUUGAACCCGUU